AUGGCCUCGACAAAUUUUCAUCGAUGUCCAUUUCAUCAGUAUGGCUGUAAGGAUCCAUUUUCACAAGAUCAAAUAAAAGAGCACUAUUUAAGUCAGGCACAUUUUAAAAGUAUGAUUAACUUAAUCUGCUCCAAGCGAAUUAAAUAUGAAGACGCUCUAAUUGAUCUUGCAAUCAAUCCAUUCCAGGGUGAUAUACUUUUAUCUUCAGGAAACACUGAGUUAAAUAAUUAUUUACAAUUAAUUGAACGACUGACUAAUGUUGUAGCUGAAUCUGUUACAUCUUCAAACUUAACAAAUGUCACUUCAAAUGCUGAAUCAUACAUAGAUCAAACAUUUAAUCCAAUUCAAUCUCGUGCAAGAGAUUUAAUCAUAGAGACUGACAAAAGUCCAAAUUGUACUUCCACCAUGGAGUCACAUCAAAGACUAGAUGAAUUGAAUAAUAUGAUGAUGAAUCAAAUUUUCAGUCGUAUCGAAUCGUCAUCUAACGUCGAUGAAGUAAAUCAGCAUAGAGAACAAAAUGAACAACAACAAACCUCAUCAAUUAACAAUGAACACAACACUAUACAAUUUAAUGGGUUUUUAAAUGACAUGUUUCAAAUUGAAUUAGAAAACACACCUGUCUCAACGGAUGGUAAUCUUGUCCUACGUAUUGAUAAUGUGUUUACAGAAGCCGAAGAUCUGACUAUUGAACGACAAUUAUGUAUUAAUUCAAAGCAAUUCCAAGCAUUUGCAGGUGGUCAACGGCUCUUUGCUCGGGUUCACCUCAAUGGCAAAAUCAACACUAAAUUUAUAUCAUUUCAUAUGCAUCUGAAUUUUCCAGUUCGUGAUACUUUUAUUGGUCAUAUUAAAUUUAUAUUGGUUGAUCAAAGUGAUAAUUAUCCAUUAAAACAUAUUAUAAAAUACUGCUCAGCAAAAAUGUAUAAUGUCAAUGACUGUAUUGGAUUUGAUGAUUUUAUUGAUAAAACUCACCUUCGUCAAGAAUCACAUCGAUAUAUUCCUAAUAAUGCAGCUUAUUUCAUUGUUUGUGUUGAACAACCAAAUGAAGAAAAAUUGAUUCAUUAUCCAACCAAUGUUCGGGAUGCUAUAUGUCAAAGUUAUUUGACAUGUUAA